AUGGGUGCAAAUUGUUGUAAGCAAUAUAAUGAUAAACCGUAAGAGUUAACAAAUCUCAAUUAAUUUACUACUUCAAAUACCUCUUAAAAGAAAAGCAGUUCAUCUUCAAAUACAUUAAAUAAGGAGAAAUGUCAUUAGCAAGAUGAAAAUUUUAAAGAAGAAGCCUCUGUUACAUAUAUUCAUGAACCAUUAAAAUAGGAAAGUGACAUCCAAGAAAUAAAGGAAGUUAAUGGUGAUGUGGAUGGAGUUGAAUCAAUACAGCAGUCUCAUCAAUUUUUAUAAGAUUGUAUUCCAAAUAAUAAUGAUUCAUCUUCAGAAUAAGAAGAAUCAUUUCACUGCGAUGAUACUAAUACAAAAAAAACAAUACUUAAGCAUGAAUUGAAAUAUUGUCAAAAUUAGGGUUCAGCCCAAAAUAAGUAAGUGGUAAAAAAAAAGGUUAGAUUCGAUCUAAAAUUAAAUUUUAAAUGA